AUGUCCAAUCUAUUAAACAAAUUUGCUGACAAACUGCACGGUAACGACCAUGACGAACGUUAUGAAGGCGACAACGACGAUGAGACCCGGGAUCAACGCCACCAAGUGCAUCAACAGAGAGAGUUCAGAAACCAGGGUUCCAAGGCGGAUCCCUACAGCGAUCAAAACCAGGGCAACUUUCCUCAACAACAGCAAGCACAAUCCGGUCUAGGCGGAAACAGACAAUCUGGCGGUAAUGAUUACCAACAACAAUCUGGCGACUACAACGCUGGUGGUGGGGGCACCUCUUAUACCAAGGAAAGCUAUCGUGAGUUUAACACUCAAGGUCCGGCGGAUGACGACGAUGACGAUUUCUUAACUUCUGAACAACAAGGGCUUAACCAGCAGAAGCAAGGUCGCACAAGAGGUACCCAAAGCGAACGCUAUCAGUCUUCUAACAUUGGCGGUGCACAACGCGACCUGUCUGGAUCAGGAAACGACCAAUACGGCAAGGACGACAAUCAAGGUGUCUGGUAG